AUGAAGCUAUCCACAACUUCGUGUCUCGCGUUGGCCACAUGCGCUAGUAUCGCAGCAGCGACACCGGUAUCUCCGAGUACCAGAAAGACUACUUUCGACUGGUCUACCAUCGACUCUCUGAUAGCUUUUGGCGACAGCUACACAUUCAUUCAAGGCACCCUCGGCCACCCCAACUACUCCUUCAUCGGCGACGAAUUAAAUCUACCCUUUACACCCGCGCAACUCUUUUCCAACCGCAUUGUGCAGAACCUUACCGGAACAGCAGAAGGUGGACCUAACUGGGUCGAGUUUCUGACUGACUGCGGUGUAGAAGACGGGCUACAUGAUCCGCAAGAAUGCGACAUCCAGCUUUGGGACUUUGCUUACGCAGGCGCCAACACGAUUGAGGAAGCUGGCUUCACACCACUUCACCAUAACCACACUGUUUCACUGGAGCGCCAAGUCGAGCAAUUCAUUUCCUACAGUAACCCCGCGCUCAAAUUUAUUCAUUUGGAUAAGAAGCACGCGCUGGUAGCCGUUUGGAUCGGUAUCAACGACAUCAACGACCUCGUCGCUACACAGGGUAGAAACGCUACUUUUGCGCCAGCCUACAAGAAAGUACAGAAAAACGUUUUCAAGAAUGUGGAAAAGGUGUACGAGCUGGGAUAUAGGAACUUUUUGUUCAUGAAUCUCCCGCCUUUGGACCGUGGACCGGGUACACCUAACGUCAAUGCGUCGCUUGUGGACUUAUUCAACAAUAUCCAGGCCAGCUACGCAGACGGGUUUGCGGAAAAGCAUUGCGAUGCGGCGGUUCUGCAAUUCGAUGUUAAUACUGUUCUGAAUGAUGUGUUGGAUCGAUAUCAGGAGUAUGGGUUCAAGAACGUGACGGGGUAUUGCCCGGGGUACAAUCAACCAGAUAUUCUGACUGACCCAGGAAAAUAUGGAUGCACGGAAUUAGAUACCUACUUUUGGUAUAACUCAGGGCAUUUGACCAGCCGGACGCAUGCGAUUAUGACGGAUGUUUUGGGAAAGUGGCUACGAGAGCAAUCACAUGAAUAG